AUGGCUCCUCGGGGGUUGUGUCAUGGCUGUUGGGAUGAGGGACAUGCAUGGCAGCGAUGUCCUCAUCGACCUAAGGGAGGCAUUCCGGCAUUCUUAAAGCGGGGGGGUCGUGGAUCCAAUGGCAAGGCACAGGUGGCGGAUGAGGAGGAGCAGGAUGACAAGGCAGAGGCAGUGGUUGGAGAGGCAGUUGCAGCAGUGGGAGAGGAGCAGCCGCGAGAGGGGUGGUGGAUUGACAGUGGGGCCAGCCACAACUUUACUCCUUAUGCAUCGGACUUCAAAAGUAAGCUUCAGCCACCAGAUUUUCGGGGAGUUAGAUUGGGAGAUGGACGGGUGGUGAAAGCUGUCGGCAUGGGUGAGGUGCCAGUGGUGAGUGUGCGCACACCGUCACUGGGAGGAGCGGUGUAUGUCCUCAGUCUCAUUGAUGACUUCACGAGACGAGUUUGGUCGUUCCCACUCCCCAACAAGGAAUCGGCCACAGUCGCAAAAGUCCUUCGCCAGUGGCAUAAGGACGUGGAGUUGGAGUGUGGGCGGAAGCUGAAGGCUGUUCCCUCCGACAGGGGUGGCGAGUUCUUGGGGGACGCUGUGAAAGCAUGGACAGCGGAGUUUGGCAUCAAAACCCAAUUGAGUGUCGCAGAUACACCGCAGCAAAAUGGGGUCGUGGAGAGGUGGCACAGGACGAUGGCAGAGGGGAUUCGCACAUUGUUGGUUGACAGUGGUCUCCCUUCUCGCUUGUGGGGUGAAGCAUUGAUGUGGGUCGUGUGGAUUAAGAACAGGGUCACCCACAGUGCUUUGCCUGCCUCCAUCACACCAAUGGAGGCGUGGUCCGGCCAGAAGCCGCAUGUGGGCAUGGCUCGGAUUUGGGGUUGCAUGGGGAGUGUCAUACUGCAUGGGCAUGAGAAGGGUGGCAAGCUUGAUGCACGAACUGUCAUGUGUGUCUGUGUUGGGGUGGACAUGGAGAGCAAGGGUUGGUGCAUGCUGGACCCUUCUCUCAUGCGCAUUCGCAUUGCUCGGGAUGUUGAUUUUCUUGAGAAUGUGAUGUGGAAGGAUUGGGACAAGGCAAAGGGAUUUGGGGAGCUUCUGCAGGAUGCAGCUGCGAUUUCCCAACUCCUCCCUCUUCCACUCUCGCCACCCUCAGCAACGGCUGACGACGUUGAGAUGCCACCUUCAUCACUGCCACCGGCACCGCUGAGUGUGUCGGUGCAGCAGCAACCCACCCCUCUGCAGCAGCUCAGUGGCCCCUCGGUCAUUCAGCGGAGAUCCGCUACACAGGCUACUUCCUCUUCCUCCUCCUCUGGUCAGCGCUCUGUCCCUCUCUCUACGGGUGCCCCUCCGUCACCAGCGACUACCUCCCCACCACCGGUUACGGGUUUGCAGGUGCUUGGUAUCCAGUCUGGUACAGGUGGUGAGGAGGUAGGGGGGGAUGCUGGUGUGGUUGAGGGCAUGCUGUGUUUGGCCAGGGAGGUGGAAGGGCCCUGCGUGGAAGGCAGGCGCUGA